UUUGAAGGGCAACUGUUUAGUGCACUUUUGGGGUCCGGAAAUUGGCGUCAUCUUGUCUAUGCGGCUUUGUAAUAAAGAUUGUUGCCAAAACAUAAUUCAUGACAGCGCAGCAUAGAUAUUUUAUAUUUAUAAACAUCACCGUUUGCAAGCUAACUAAAUGAGCAUUGAGUGGUCGGCGGAUUGCGAAAGAUGUCGUGCGCUCGUCAAUAUAUGAAUUUAAAAAAAUAAACAACUUUUUUGUUGUGAUCAGAUUAAAGAGUUGUGAUUGUGUUUUCUUUUGGACUAUUUUUUUUUUAGCUUGUGAUCAUGUCGAAUAGUUACAAUAUGAAGGAAUUCAGCUCAACAGCUGUGAUCACAGAGAAUGGGAUCUAUCCGUCGACAAUAUCCAUCAACACGAUCAAUACAAAAUGUAAAGAGACCGAGCUGGAUGACGACGGCUACGAUCCCUUCCAGAAUAGGAAGCUGGAGCAUCCUAAUUCUGAUGCAAGGUCAUUUGCCAACCUGCUGAAGUCUUCCUUAGGCUCUGGUAUCCUGGCCAUGCCAGCUGCUUUUAAAAAUGCAGGGUCCGUCGUCGGAAUAUUCGGGACUAUCAUCCUGGGAUACAUCUGCACACACUGCGUUUAUUUAUUGGUUAAGACAUCACAGGACGUGGCCAAAGUGACAAAAGUGCCGUCCUUAGGUUACGCUGAGACUGUCGAGGCUGUAUUCGCUACGGGACCACAGCCUCUCAGAAAAGUUUCUAAAGCUUCAAGGAUAUUUAUAGACUGGGCAAUGGCUUUCACCAUUCUUGGCGCGUGUGCAGUCUAUGUCAUCCUGCUUGUUGAUUCAGUAAAACAGAUCAUCGACCACUUUUACAAAGACAACGAGAUAAAUGAGACGAUGUACUGUCUGUACUUUUUGGUGCCUCUGCUGCUUUUCACCCAAAUCAAGAACUUGAAGUACCUGGCUCCUUUCUCUGGGUUCGCCAACAUCUUGCUUGUGGUAACAUUCCUGAUCUGUCUCUACUACAUCUGUGGGAAAUUUCCUGACGUGACUACAAGACCCACGUCUGUCGAUAUUGGGAAGCUACCCUUGUUUAUCGGUACAGUUAUCUUCGCAAUGGAAGGCAUUGGAGUGGUGUUGCCGGUUGAGAAUACAAUGGCAAAGCCUCAACACUUCCUUGGCUGCCCAGGAGUCCUUAACAUUACCAUGGCAGUCGUGGUCCUGCUGUACAUGUUCAUGGGCUUCUUGGGCUACAUACGGUAUGGCGACAAAGCCAAAGGAAGCAUUACUCUGAAUCUCCCCACCGGAGAGGAUGAAAUACCUGCACUGAUGGCGAAGUGUUUCAUCGUCUUCGCUAUAUUUUUCACUUACACUCUGCAGUUCUACGUGCCCAUGGAGAUUGUGUGGCGCAACACAAAACAACACGUAACGCAGAAAUAUCAUAAUAUUGCUCAAGCAGUAAUGCGCGCAGUUUUCUCCGCACUUACUGUGGCCGCUGCAGCAACUCUGCCGAAUUUGGAGCAGGUGAUCGGUUUAGAAGGAGCAUUCUUCUAUUCCUUCCUUGGCCUCAUCGUCCCCUCCAUCUUGGAUCUGGUAUUCCACUGGGAAAGAGACCUCGGCAAAUACUACUGGAUCUUAAUCAAAGAUGUGCUGUUAAUAAUCUUCGGGACAUUCGUCCUGGUCACCGGAGUGACGCAAAGCUUAAGAGAGAUUAUUAGGACUAUGUGAUUCUGUGAUGUAUUUAAUGUUACUAUUAAGUUAAUGAAAAUUACAGUAUUAUACUAAGUAUAAUGUGGUAAUUUUAAGCCUAAUUUAAUACAUUAAUAAAGUACUUA